AUAGAGAGAGUGAUUUCACAAAUUUAGCCAAUUUAUUUAAAAAAACAUUAUUUGGAAAAUAUAUUUCACAUGUUAAAAUCGAGGGGCGCUGAUGUGGGCGGAGACAUUGCGAGAGAAAGCCGCAGCGAAGGAACUGAUCCAAUGAAUCGAACGUCGGAGUCGGUUCAACUGCCUACGGGGCAAAUCAACAUCGAUUUGCUGCGUGAGCGGUCUCAACUCCUGGCGGCCAGGCUUCAGAAGGCUGGACGAGAGAUGGAGAUGCAGUCGACAUCCACUGUCCCUUUCGGCGCUAAUAACUUCAUGCGCAUCAAUACAUCAUUGCCACAAACGCUGCCAUUAGAUAUACCGCCUAGAAGCGGACUUGCUCCAAAUAUAUCCCGUAAUGCUGCGUCCGGCCCAAUUCUGGUGGGGGUUCCAAUGCCAAUGAACGUGCAGCAUCACUUCGCAGGACCAUGUAACACUGCGGUGCCGGUGAAAGUUCCGAUGCACACACCUCCCCAAAUGCAGGCUAACACAAUGCCAGAAUAUUCGGUAUGCAGUUCCGUUGCCCAAGGACCUGUUAAGCAAAGAAAAAAGUCUAAGCGAGCACUCAGGGAGGAGGUAAACGCUCUGCAGGAGCUAGUUCAACGGAUUUCCUUGGUGUCUCCAGAUGUCAAUACAUAUGCGGGUCGCCUCAUUCGCCAAAGUGAUGUGCUGUCGCAGCUCGAGUGGACAUCCCAUUAUGAUAUGGGCCGACAACAGGUGGUCAUGUCUCCACAAACUUCUCUUCGCCAAAUGCCCCAUCGUAUUGAUGGUGGCAGCGACGUAACUCGACGGCUUCUUCCCCAGAAGGGGAAUGAACGCCCACGACGCGAUUCGGAAGUGUCUAGCGCAAGCAGCAACAGCCCCCCUGCACAGCAGCAAGCGACCAAACAAGAGGCCAGAUCAGCGCGCAAGAUUAGGAGUAAGAAAUCAGACGAAGCGGCUGGUGAAAGCACUACGCAGUCGUUUAAGACCGAACUGGAGGCGAUGCGUGCAUAUAUCAAUAUGAUAGUUCGGAACUACAUGGGUGCGGAACAUAAGCUUCCGGCAGAAUUGAAAUUUUCUGGGGACUUUUCCGAUCUGGAAGCGCAUGCGAAACGUCUUGUAAAAGAAGGUUUUGGUAGAAUUGUUGAGGAUGAAAUUCGAGUGAAUCGCAAGAACAAUAAGCAGGCGUUUAUCACAAUGUCCACUGAUCGUGAAGGUCUCGAGCAUGACGGUAUUGUACUUUUGCCAGUGGCUCGAAGGUACGCCUUCGAAGGGGAUACCGUGCGUGCUUUUGUUUUGAAUGUUGGCGCUCAAUCCAUGCCACCAGCCGAUGCAGAGGAGCUCUCUGAUGAGAUAGCGGCCCAGGACUCGGACGCCGAAGUUGACAAUGUGGUCGUCAUAUCGUCAGACAACUGCCCAAAGGCGUUCGUCAUAGGGAUUGUCAAGCAAACCGAGCUCCGCCAGAUUGUCGGUACAAUAUCGUUUACCAAUCCAACGCAGCUGUCUAAGGAUCAACUAUUUUACAAGUUUCGCCCUUUUGACCUGCGCCUCCCGAUAGUCUACAUACCGGAAAUGGCCUGCAGGAAGCACAUAGGAAGCAAACAGCCUGAGGAGGUGUGUGGCCUGCUCUACUUAGCCCACAUCCUCGAGACUGACUGCAACGGGCACUGCAUUGCAGAAUUGAUUCAGCCGGUGGGCCGCAUUGGUAAUUUGCCGGACGAACUCAAGGCCAUUAUGAUCCACAACAGCUUGGGCGAUGUAAAACCCUUCGAGCAACGAUUUAACGAUAUGUUCGCAAGCCCCUUCUUUUCUGAGAGCACAGAAGAUCAGGCCCAACGUCGGGACUUGCGGAAGAAAUGUGUAUUUACCAUAGAUCCACUGACUGCGCGUGACCUGGACGACGCACUCUCCAUUGAACAGGUGGGAGAUAACGACUAUGAGGUCGGCGUGCACAUAUCGGACGUGUCUCACUAUCUUCAAGAGGAUUCAGAGUUGGACAAUAUCGUCAAAGAGCGUUCAACGUCUAUAUAUCUAGCCAACGAAGUUAUCCACAUGCUUCCUCAGCCGCUCUGCAUGCGUUGUUCUCUACUGCCUGGUGAGGAUAAGCUUGCAUUUUCGGUGUUCUGGCGCAUGGAUAGAAACGGGGUGCAGCUACAGGAAAAGCCAAAGUUUACUCGGACCAUUAUUAGGUCAUGCACGCAGUUUGCCUACGAGCACGCUCAAAAGAUCAUCGACAAUCCGCACGAGCGCUUCAGUGAACACGAUUUUCCCACCAUCCUUAACGGCUUUGACGCCAAUGACGUAGUAAAGCGAGUGCUCUGCUUACAUGGCAUUGCGAGCUCACUGCGCAAAGCACGCUAUGACAAAGGGGCCAUUAGCUUCAAUAAUCCCAAGCUUCGCUUUAUUCUCGAUCCCGUCAGUGGCGAGCCAGAAGACUUUGAAGUGGAGAAGCAGAAAGAGGCGAAUCGCAUGAUCGAAGAGUUUAUGCUUUUGGCCAACCAAUCCGUUGCGCGCUUUAUCCACGACUCGUUUCCGGAGAUUUCAGUGCUUCGAAAUCACCCGCCGCCGCUUAUGAAGUCACUGAAGGGACUAAAGGAGAAGUUUCAGACUUUGGGUUUUAAUUUAGACUACAGCUCUUCGAAGGCUCUUCAACAGAGCAUCGUGAGACUGUGCCAGGAGGCCUCCAAUCCCCUUGCGAUGAGCUUCUGUCUUAGUCGUCUUCUGAUGAAACCGAUGGCAAGAGCUAACUACUUUUGCAGCGAAGGAAAAACAGAGCCGGCCGAUCUCUGGCACUACGCCCUAUCCAUUCCCAUCUACACACACUUCACCAGCCCGAUUCGUCGAUAUCCCGAUAUAAUGGUGCAUCGCCUACUGGCAGCUUCGCUUAACUACUGCCCACCUCCGUGCCGUAGUCCUGCAGAGCUGCAUUCGCUGACAAAAAUUGCGAACGAGCGCAAAUACAAUUCCAAGAAUGCAGGCGAGGAGUCGUGCAAUUUGUACUUUAAGCGAUACGUCAGCAACAAGCAGCGAGUCAGCAUGACCGCUGUAGUUAUGGAAAUAUACCAGCACAUGAUGAAUGUAGUAACCCUUGAAUCGGGGCAUGUUAUCAGCAUUAAUUACAAAAUGCAGAAGGUCCUCGUAGACGCACAGAAUGCGCCCAACUUUUUAUUGAUCACAAAACGUAAAGUGAGGCAGGCGCCCCGCAAGUUGCAAAUGCUUUCCAUAGUACCCAUUUACCUUAUGAUAUGGGACAACAAGUUGACUGGCUUUCUGCAUACGGAGAACCAGAACCAGCCAGUGGACGCGUCUAAAAGUCAGCUCAGCGGCAAGAAAAAGCAAGAGCCCCGGCACAGUCAGCAAGAACGUCCGACCAACAGUGACACUGCCAACAGUUUAUGCCCUAUUACCUCAAAUGUUGUUCGGCCUGAAGCACAGGCGCAGGUUCUUAGCCAGCAGCAAGCACAUCAACAACAACACCACCCAAACCCACAGCAGCGGAUCUAUAAUAUGCUGGAAAACAGUUUAUAACUAGACAAGUAUAGCUUCUAUAUUAACCAAACAUUGUCUGAUCCGAAACUUUCUGCCAAUACUGAUUCACGAUGGACACUAUUAUUGACACCUAGCUAGGCAAGAGCUAGGCCUAAAUUAAAUCUGUGACGCUCAUCCUACUUAUGCAUAGCACGCGCAUAUCUCAAUGAGCUCUAGAAAUUAAUGUUUUUUGUACACUUUAAAACUUGUA